UCAGGCAGACGAUCUGGAUGGAAAGAACGCAAUUGCAAACCACUGGGUUUGUACGGCGCGCAUCAGCUGAUCUUGCUAAAGCCGCUUAUGUGAGGCUUCUCAAUGGCCUCUAUCUUUUUUGUUUAACGCCCAGUCAUAGAACUUCCGGUGAAAAGCUGAACAGCUUGCAUUGGUUUCCUGAAUGUCCAUGUCGCAUAAAUGACUACCUUGUGGCUGGACUUAUAAGACUAUGCCAGUGGAAAAAUGUGCUUUGGAUUUGUGAAAGCCUGGGGUUUACUGAAUAUCCGAAGCGAGUGACGCAUCGAUCAAGUAAACAGGAACAAACAACAGCUCUGAUCACCUACAAUUUUGAAAGCAGUCAUUUGCCAUACUUUGAUCUCAAGAUGUGGCUAAAGGCGUGUGCGCGUGGACUUCUCCAAUUGGCGCUUGAAACAAAAUUUGGUCUCGUUGGAGUAGUACUUGUUACGGUCGUUGGUGUAUAUCGUAUCUACAAACGUAGGCAGCUUGAGAAAUGCAAAUUGUUUCGUGGAAACAGCCGAGAACGACAGCAAGAGCCCUAUACAGACACGUUACCGAGACAAGCGCCAACGAAGGUUUGGCGUGAAGUCACUCAUGAAGAGGAGGCUACUACAUCGAGUGACAUCGAGGAAAGCAAGCUUUUAUCAGCGUCAACACCGCAAAAGUGCCCUUUUGAAUCAGUUCCCACGCCUGACUUUUUCAAUCAGUCAGAGACCCGAUACGUACUUGACACCCCUGAAAUUUCUGAGCUCAGUGAAAGUGCUCUUGAUGAACUUCUUCCGUUGAUGACUGUAAGGCAUAUUGUUAAUAUUGACGAGCUGUAUCUUAUGCUGUCUGUCCAGAGCUGCGAGGAGAUUCAGAAAGAUGUCUUCUUGCUUAAGUGCACAUUGUCAACAGGCCAAACGGAUAUGGUACGCCUCGCCGUGACGCCGGUCACCAAGCUCAACCAAGUUAUGAUCAGGGAUGAGUUGACGUUAUUGAAAACGAUACGGAAAACGUUUGUUGGCGAACAUGCCCAAUUAAAUCGGCAUCUACCUUUUGUCAAGGAGGUUGUUGCACUUAGAGACACAUUGGCGAAGUUGAGUGUUCGUCGAAAUGACGCUUUCAAUGAUGAAAAGGAUUAUGUAGCGGUUUUGUCUCAACUUGAGCCUGAAAUAAUUUUUCCAAAUGUUUCUGAAAACGGAAAUUUCAUUUCCGUAUUAAUUAGCAUUUUGGAACAGGCUAAUCUCAGUAUGGCAAUAAUGAGAUCAGCGAUGCCUGGAAUCGCCUUAUUUAGUUCCAUUGCAUUGGUAUCGUGGCCAAUUAAUGUCACGUUUCAAGUGGAGGACCGUAGUAUCGUUAUACCAACGCAUGGCGUGCUGGUCAAGCACUGCCUCGAAGUUCUUCGAUUAGGAACUUCGCUGGCCGAUUUUCAGUUUCUCGCGAGCGAUAUAUUAAGAAAUAUUGGCAUCGAGGGUGUGGGAGAUAAUGUUGAUGUUCAGUAUUGCGCCAAAAUACUCUUUAGCUUGGGUGCCACUACCCCUCUAGAUAAACUCAUCGACUGGCGGGCUCGCUAUUUUCAAGCCAAAGGCAAAAAAUUACCGCACAACUAUGGUAACUACAAAAAAUACGCUGUACCACAAUAAAUUACUACAUUGCAAAAAAUAGGAGAAUUUUUUUUUUAUCUAGUCGAAACGUACGCAGUGUAGUCUAUCUGUUCUUUAAUUCGACAACAGUAUUGUGAAACAUGGAUCAAAUUCAGAAAUUCAGCUCCGGGUUUGGAAAUUAGUGCAGAUAGGUCGUAUCGAAAGCGGACAUUACGUACGACUGAUUCACCAAUGAGGAUUUAUUUAUGUAUGCUGCAAAGUAUCAACGCAAACGUAUGAAAAUUUAUCGAUAUAGUCAAAUCAACAUAUGGAUUAAACGAAGAAGCCACCAAAGGUUUUUCUCUACGGCAUCGUGGGUACCUAAAAAGUAUUAUAUUAUAAUAGAUAAAUUGUUUUUGAGUACCAAGAGAAAUGUUGGAUAUAAUCGUUGAGCUACCUAGGCGACUCUAGCGCAAUAAGUGGCAAGUAAUAAUUUUUUGUUCAGAAAUUCAUCUAAUAUCAUGUAGCUACGUUUCCAAAAAAAAACUAGGAAUAUCCCAAUUUUGUUUUAUGAAUCAAGGAUUAUUUCAAACAACCGCGGUAGCCUCGAUCCAAUGAGCUUCACUUCUGGGAACGAGGCUACUGCCACUAAGGCUGUCUGCUUUCAAUCGUAUUUGCUCAGCUACUCUGAGGUACUUCGCUACACGGUAAAUCGUGUGAUUCCAUGUAUGUAGCCAUGAAGGAAUAUGUGUUUUGUGCGCACCUGAUUGUUGCCGUGAUUCAUAGAAGUACUCAGGCAAGCGGUGAGUGCAACAACAACGAUUGUUAAUGUCAGAUUUUACAGUCCUAAAUAUAUACGAAGUCUCACCUGUGUUGGAUGUUGGUAACAUUUCAAUUCCCAUCUUUCCCUAAAUGCAGAUAUAAUACGACUAGAGUCACUCAGCCCAAGAAUG